UAGACUUCAAAAAUGAUUAAUUUAUCUUCUCUCUUCGAAGAAAUUUUUAUUCAAUUCAAAUUUUUAGCUUCAAAGGUUAUUUUAAAUUAUGUAGGGUGUCAAAUAGCAAGAUUAGUUAUAAUAAAUCUAAAAAAUAUAAACUUGAUAAACUAAGAAUCUCAAUCAAGAUGGAUUUUGUUACGAAUACUCAUAAUGACUACCAGUGGCCGUUUCCAAAGCCCAUCGUAGGAAAACCAUGCGAACCUCCAACGCCGUCAGGAGCUCCACCCGCUCAACGAGCUCCAGUUGCGCCCUACUGUCAUUGUGAUGCUCAUUCCUAUUCACCGAGAGUAGAACAAUACAAACAGCUGCUCGAAAAAGAACAGAAAUUAUGCCAAGACUAUGAACAGCUGCGGAAACAGAUGGUUAGCGUCACAAAUGACAUCCUAGAUCAUCCUUGCGACGACCUGGACUCGAAGAUGACAACGAUGUAUCAAGCCACGUACAAGAAGAGGUCAUUCCCGGUAGCCGAUUACAGAACUAUCAUGGCCUCGUCGCAAUCAUCAGCUCCGAUUCCUGUGGAGUCGAAUCGUCUUGGCCUCCUUCGCUGCUACAAAGAUCCUACUCAUUUCUCCGAGAACCCUCCUAAAGUUAGGCCUUCGAUUCAUCCUCCGGCACCGAUCCACACUGGAGUCACGCCGCAGUCGAUAAAGACUUGGUUCUCUGAGUUUCCCGGCAGGACUGAGUACAUGGACACGUAUAGCGCAUCGGCGAAGGCUUGCUGGAGGUCGAUGCAGAGGUACAAAGAGCCAAUGCCUUCGACCAGACGUAGGGCGGACGAUAAUUGCGUUUGAGUGUUUUAAUAAAGAGAAGAUAAAUUGUUGGUUGUUUUAUUAAAUCAAGACAUGUCGUUGUGGCCUAAAGGAUAAGGCGUCCGUUGAAAACGACCGGUCACCGUUCCCUUCGUUUGUGACGAAGGUCUCGGCGAGUAAACUAACCCAUAGACACAGCCCACCGAGUUUCUCGCCGGAUCUUCUCAUUGAGUUGCGUUUCUGAUCCGGUGCUAGAUUCUGCGAAGCACUGCUCUUGCUAGGGCCAGUGCCAGCAAUGUCUCCAGGCUUGUGCUCCGAGAGCUCACCUACACGUUAGGGUUACGCCGACAUAGCCUCUCAAAAAUGAAAAAGUAUUGAACGAUGCGACAAUGUCGGUGUACAAAUCCUGCAGUAUUUUAAUGAAAUACACACUAAACACAAUAUGUUCACUAAUGACUUCCAUGAUGAAGGAAUAAAGGCACGUAAUAUCUAAAGCAAACCUAAGGUUUGCAUAACUACUGGUAUAGGAAGCCUGUGCCACACGGGUAGGUAGGGUAGGUACUACGGCCUUGU